AUGCGCAUUGCUGGUCUCUGGGCGAUAGCCGUUCUUCCGCUCGGGGCCGUGGCUCAUCCCGGGCAUGACAUGAGCCAGGAACUCGCUCAUCGUCGGGGCUUCCUGGCCCAAUCCAAGCGGACUGAUCUGUCCCACUGUGCGUCUAAGCUCCAGGCUCGUGGGGUGGAGUCUCGCAACCUUGCUCGACGGUAUCACACACUUCAUGCGAAGAAGCAAAAGCGUGACCUGGAUUCGGUAUUAGAUACCUCCCAUAAUGAGACGGACCUAGGCUACACACCAACAACUGCCGAGAGGACGGUCUUCUCCAGUAACACCAGCUGUGCGUUGACGCCCGAGGCGACGCAGGGACCGUACUACAUCACGGGCGAGAAAGUCCGACGGAAUGUGGUCGAGGACCAAGUUGGAGUUCCCCUCACUCUCGACCUGCAGGUUGUCGACAUCGAUACUUGCAACCCCGUGUCGGACGUCUGGCUCGAGAUCUGGAGCUGCAACUCGACGGGUGUCUACUCAGGAGUGGUAGCCGCGGCCAAUGGAGACGGGACUGAUGAUCUGGGCAACAUCGACACGACCUUCCUGCGGGGGAUUCAACGUACCGACGCCGAUGGGGUGGUGCAGUUCGACACUCUGUUUCCUGGCCACUACACGGACAGAGCCACCCAUCUGCACAUCCUGAUUCAUCACAACGCCACGGAGCUGAAGAACCACACUCUAGGCUCGGGGAACGCCACCUGGGUCACACACGUCGGGCAGGCCUUUUUCGACCAGGAGUUGAUCUCGGCGGUGGAGGAGACCUACCCCUACACAGCCAACACCCAAGUGUUGACCAAGAAUGCCGAUGAUGCGAUCCUGGCGAGCGAGGCGAGUCUCGGCGCGGAUCCAGUGGUGGACUACGCCUAUCUUGACAGUAAUGUCCCUGAUGGCCUGUUCGCGUGGAUGUCCUUUGGCAUCAAUGUCACCAAGAAUUACGAGAUCAGCGCCUCGGGCUCCUACUGGGCAGAUGGGGGUAGGCCCGAAGACAAUUCGCAGUGGACUGCCUUGCCUCCGGACGAUACUGCGUCGUCGAGUAGCUCGAGCUCGACUGCCAGCUCGAGUACUCCAUAG